GCUUGCCCUGACUGACCUCUUCACUCACUUCCUUGCUAUAUAUGUACCAUCAUGUCCUGCUUGCCACCGUCAUCGCUUCUUCUGCGCGAUUUGAGUCUAUACUUCAGACACAGGUAGGCCUGUUGUUCCCUCACCAGCAGAUACCAUUUAUUUCCUUACCUAUCCUCUCUGCCACUUGCCACUCUAACCUAGGUCGAUCAUCAUAAUGUAUACGAACGUGCUGCUGGCAGCAUUACUUCUGGCAGCACAGUCAGCGUCUGCCGCAGUACAAAAGCGAGCGCUCAGCAGUCAUGGCUGGCAGAAACGAUCGCCUGCUCCUCCGGAUGGACCCAUCAAGCUACACGUUGCCCUGCGACAAGAGGAUGGAGGAGCUGCGAUUGAGCGACGAUUAACACAAGCCUCUGACCCGAACAGUGCGGGCUUCCGACAGCACAUGUCCGCAAGCCAAGCUGUCGAACUUUCACCGCCUACUUCUGGUUGCGUUCAAAGUGUUGAGGGGUGGCUGAGAGAGCAUGGCCUACUGGAGAAGGCUUCUUCAUCCGCUGGUAUCUUCGAGAUUGAUACCACAAUCCGGCUGGCCGAAGAACUGCUCAAUACGACAUACUAUACCUUCUCGGACGGUGUGCAGAUGAUUAACCGCGCUGAAGUGUACCAUCUUCCAGAAGCUGUGGCGAGCAGCGUGGACUUUGUCACGCCGACGACAACCUUUCCUCGUGCUGCGAGUGCACAGAAUGUUCUGGCAAUGUUAACCAAGCGCUCCGCACCACUCUCCCAGAGACAAACGACAGGCAGCAAAGACUGCAAUGGUCCCGACGACUUGGCCACUCCCACAUGUAUCCGGAAGAUCUAUGAUAUCACAUUUGAAGGCCUCAACUACACUUCUCAACCGAAUCGCACAACCUUCGCAGUCUACGCUACAGAGGGCGCGUCGUUCAACCCUGCAGAUCUUCAGAAGUAUCUGGAAGAGUACAAUCCAUCUGCAGCGCAAGCCAGUCCGAGUUAUCAGGUCAUCGGGCCAGGAGACUCCAGAAGUCCAGGUGGAAUUGCUCCCAAGUUCGAGACGUCUCUGACCACACAAUCUUUCCUUGGCCUAGCAGCUCCCGAAGUGGAAUCUGCAGUCCUAUACAACUACGGAGGAGUCUUUGGGCCGGAGAAAGGCGCAACUUACGACAACUUCGUCACGUUCCUCCAACAGCUCAUUUCCAAUACCACAGUACCAAGCGUCGUCAGCGUCUCCGAAUCUGCGCCCGAAAAUCUGUUCGAUCCCGAUUACGCACGAAGACUAUGCAACAUGAUGGCACAAGCAGGAGCGCGAGGCGUGAGCCUUUUGUUCUCCGCUGGAAACAACGGGCCCAAUGGGGAUUCCGCUGGAGGCAAACACAAGACCAUUUUCGAACCCAAAUUCCCUGCAAGCUGUCCGUGGAUCACCGCCGUCGGAGGCACGACAAACGUCGCUGACGAACAAGCUGCUACCAAGGAUACCAUCCCUCUAACAUCCCGCCUGGGCUUCACAAGCACUGGCGGUGGAUUCUCGAAUGUAUUUCCUCGACCAGAGUAUCAAACUGGGCAAGUGCAGAGCUACAUGGAUCAACACAUCCCCGCCAACUACCAAACCACAUCUGGAUUCAACGCUUCCGGUCGAGGCUAUCCCGACAUUGCAGCCUUCAGCACGCAAUUCCCGACUUUCGUCGAUGGCUUCCAAUUACCCAUUGGCGGCACCUCCGCCGCAACACCCACUUGGGCCGCUGUCAUCGCUCUCCUCAACGACUACGAAGCCUUCCACAACAGACCCCAUCUCGGAUUUCUAAACCCGUGGCUCUACAGCUUAAACGGCACCGGGCUGAAAGAUAUUGUGAAAGGGGGAAAUAACGUCGGAGACUGUUUACUCUCGCAAGGAUGUUCACUCGGCCAAGCGUUAGGAUACGAUGUCACCCCCGGAUGGGAUCCUGCUACUGGUUUGGGAAGUCCGAUGUUUCGAAAUUUGGUGAAGGCUUUGGAUGCGGGUUAUGUGUCGUGAGUUUCUGUUCUGUUUUGUUCUUCAUCUCGCACUGCGUGCGGCAUCUCUUGUGGUCAGAGCUACUGACAAGGGAGUAAUGUAUACAUAUAUAGAUCAGACAAAGGCUUCGAAGACGUCGUCAGCAGCAGCAGCAACAGCAGCAACAGCAGCAGUAGUAAUGCGACAGACUCUCCAACGAGUAGUGGAAACCCACCUAUGGCGACGACGGGCGGCGCUGCCGGGAGAUUCCGGGAGAGUGGAAUGUUGUUGUCAUUGAUGAUGGCGUUGUUGUUGGGGGUGGGGAUGCAUAUUUGAUAUUCACUCUAUGUGACAGCUGUAGAUUUGAGGAACGACUAUUAUGAAUAUGAAUAAACAAACAAC